UUUAUUGAAAAAUUAUGCGCCUUGUUUGUUUGUUUUGCUUUCACUGCUUGAUUUGACUUAUGAAUGACGUGUAAAGAAAUAAAAAAUGGGAAAACCUACUAGGAAUAUAUUUAAAUUAUUUAUUAUAAUAUUUUUCAAAUUCUUACAUGUUUCUUCUCAGGACUUCAAAUUUGGGUGGUGCGCUGAUCCUGAAUGUUCAGUACCUGUGGCUGUAGGCAUUACUACAAUUAAUUAUCAUCCUCCAGAUCGAAGCAGGCUUGGUUUUCAGCCAAAUCAAGAAGUAAUAGUUUAUGUAAGAGAGUACGGAGAAAAAAGAGACUUACUAGGUAUUGAGAUAAAUGGUAGAAAAGGUUAUGCUCCAAAGAAUUUCAUUAGAGAAACAAAGUCUCUGGCAAAAGCUGUAGUUCCUGCUAAUGUAGAAUUUUUGCAUACACCUUCUAGAAGUUUUGUUCAUCAUGAGACUAGUCAUUUACACAUGUCAUCCAAUAUUCCUUCUGUUGAAACACCAAACUUCAUCCAUACCACAGUGCCUAACACUUUAAAUCCCCAACAAAGUAUGCAAGGUGUUCAGCAUUCUGAAGUGCAUUUGGAAAGUUCCCCUCAUCAUCGAUCUCAUCAACAAUGGCAUGAUGAUAACAGUCAUUUUCAUGCUUCAUCUGACUUAUAUAUUGCCAAAAAUGCUGAUUCUAGAAAUCAUUUUUCUCAAAGUGGAAGCAUUAAUUACCAAACUUCUCAUGUUGAUUUUUCUAGUCAUUCCCAUUUCGGAUCUGAAAAUACCAUGGCAUCAAACUUUGUACCAAAUGCUGAAAUCUUGAGCAAUUCUCACGGCAGUGUUCAAUCUUAUCAAACAACGCAAUCCACUGAACCUCAUUGGCAAAAUCCUUCUUCACAGUAUUAUUCUCAACCAAACUUAGCUCAUGAAACAAUUAAUAGCAACAUGAGGCAAAAUUUUGAUUCCCAAAGUAAUAAUUUGUUUCAUUCUCAAGGUUUUGACCCACAAAGUAAUGUUUUACAUCAUUCUCAAUCUCCUCACACAACUCCUCAACAAACGACUCAUAACCAAAUGUUUACACAGAGUCAUACUCAAUCUAAUAUUCCUCAUAUGACUCAAAAUCAAAUGGUUACACAGAGUCAUACUCAAUCUAAUAUUCCUCCUAUGACUCAAAAUCAAAUGGUUACACAGAGUAAUACUCGAUCUAAUGUUCCUCCUAUGACUCAAAAUCAAAUGGUUACACAGAGUAAUACUCAAUCUAAUGUUCCUCCUAUGACUCAAAAUCAAAUGUCUACUCAAAGUCAUAUUCAAUCUAAUGUUCCUCCUAUGAAUAAUUUUGAUGAAGGAUAUGAUGAGACGAUGGCUUUGCUUCAAAAUCAGGGAUAUAACACUGCUGGAGAAUUUACGAAUCAGUUUGCCAGUCAACAUCAUUCAGAGAAGCAAACUACUUCCUUUCAAAGUGUACCUUCUGAAAAUUUAGGUUGGAAUCAAGAUUUUCAUAAUAAACAACCUUUUAUGCAGUCAGAACAUACUCCUGAACUGGUAAGCAGUGAUCAUAAUAACCUGAAUAAUCCCUCUUCUGUUUUAAACAUGGACCACCUUCAGCAAAUGGUAGAUUCUCUUUUUACCGAGGAUAUUCCAAUUACUCCUUCACAACCUAUUGCUACUCAGGAAACUUCAACAUUUCCAUUUGAAGAGAGAAUGGCUGCUAAGGUUGAUAGAAUCAGGAAACUAGCCAAGACGUUUGAGAGUACAUUUGAGGAACAUAGUAAAGUUGAGGAUGUAAAUGAGAUGGAAGAUGAAGAUGAUGAAGAAGACUAUGUUGAUUAUGAAGCUAUAUAUUCAUCAAAAUCUAUGAAAAUGUCUUUGUUGGAUAAAACUGAGAAAGAUUUGGAUUUAGCUAUGAAGACUGAGCAAUCUAAUACCGUAAGUGAACACUUAGUCACAAAAAGUGAUAUAAGUCAUACAGUGGAAAGUGCGUUAUCAGAGAGAGAGUCCAAUGUUCAAGAAACUUCUACAAGUAGUACAGCUAAUGUGCCAAAAGAGAGUGGAAAUCAGGAUUUAUUUGAGGAUUCUGUUUCAAAAUCUGAUCUACAUGAAAAGAAAAUUGAAUCCAAUGAAAAUGUCUUUGAAAAGAAAGUUGGAGCUAUUUUGGAAACUACUAAAGAGUUAAAUAAUAUUAGUUCCAAUAAAGAUGAACAUUCAAAUGAUGAUUCUUCAAAUAGUUCCAUAUCAGAAGAAUCAGAUGAUACAGAAGUCUUAUCUGAAGACAAAGAAAUUGAUUCUGAUAUUGAUGCUGAAAUAUCAGAUGAUAAGGAUUUAGUUUUUAAUGAGAAUGAAAAUGUACUUGAUAUAAAUAGAGAUACUGCUGAAAAUGUUAAUGGUUCUGAAUCUUUUGAUUUAUCUAGUGAUAGUUCUAAGUUAGAUAAUUUGUUAAAUGUUUCAGAAUUUAAAGAAACUGAAAGUAAUCUUUUAAAUGCAUAUCAAACUCGACAUUUAAAAGAUGUUGAAAGUGAUGCUGAUAGUUUUUCAUCAACUGAAGAAACGGAGCAAUCUGGAAGUAAUUUUGAAUUUGAUAUAUACAUAGCUGUAGAAAAUACUUUUGUUGCUAUCAGGACAUUUAUUGAUGCCCUACUACCUUGGAUUCCAGAACCACUUUAUACCAUAUUAAUGGAUCUUGAAAAAGAAGGAAUUUCUCCAAAAGUGACAGUGUUUACAGCUCUAAGUGCUAUUCCAUGCAUAAUUUUAAUAGUUUCACUUGUUUUUAUAAAGGGGAAAUCGAAGGAAAAUAAAUUAAUUGCUAGACUUACAGUUUUGGAAAGAAAUUUUUAUAAUUUAACUGCCGAGAAGAUAAUUCUAGAAGAAAAAUUAGAAAAAGCUGAAUUAGAGCUCCAAAUUUCAAGAGGUGUUAUUGAAGAAGAAAAAAUAUUAUCAUUUAAAUUAAAGACAGAAAUUGAGAGUCUGAAACAGCAGCUUGAGGAAACUACUUUGGAAUUGGAAAAAAAUGUUGAUGAAGUAGAAACUGUGAGAAAAAGGGAGCAUGAAUAUGUUGAGCUGAUUCAUGAUCAUGAAAAAGAACAUUUAAAGUUAUUAGAACAGAAAGGGGAAGUUGAAAAUAGAGCACUGGAAUUUGAAGAAACAUUAGUUAUGCUCAGAGAGUCAUUGCAAGAAAAAGAAGUGGAAUUACAAAAUUUGCUUGCAGAAAAAUCAGAAUAUCGUCAAGCCAACGAAAUUUAUGAAGAGAAAGUUAGCCUGCUCCAAAAAAAUUGCAACCAGCUUUUACAAGAAGCUGAAGUCUGGAAUUUAAGAGUAAAUGAGUUAAAUGAAAAGCUAAGUCUGGAAACACAAAAAAAUGAAGAGGCAGAGAAAUCACUGCAAGAGAAAAUCACUGAAAUUGAAUCUUUAUCUGAAGCAGUUCAGCUUUUCAAAACUUUUGAAGAAAUAGGUGGGGAUAGUGAAGAAUGCAAAACUAGCGAAGAGAAACUGAAAUACUUAAAAAAUUCUACUCAUAAUUUAAUGAAAUUACAAAAACAAGAGGAAGAAAACAGACUAUUAUCUGAGAGAUUAACUGAAGCCAAAAAUAGACUACUUGAUAUAGAAGUUUCUAUAUUGGAUGUCAAAUCUGAAAACGAUAAAUUGAAGGUUAAUUAUAAUCAAGCACUUCAAGAUAAAGCUGAAGCACAAACAAAGCUGGAAGUUUUGACUAAUUAUUUUAAAGAUAAAGAGAUUCAAUUGCAGAAGCAACUUGGAGUACAGGAAGCUGUUCGGCAAAGAACUGAGGAAGAUGCUACUUCAGCUGAACGAAGGAUAUGUUUGAUUGAACAAGAAAAUGCAAGUUAUAAGUACCAAGUUGCUAGUAUGAAACAAGAAAUUGAAGAGACUGAACGAAAUCUAAAGAGUCAAAUUUCUUUGCAUGAAAAGAAAGCUCAUGAAAAUUGGUUAGCAGCAAGAACAGCAGAAAGAAAAUUGGAAGACACAAAACAGGAAGUAACACAGUUAAGACAAAGAUUAACCUUGCUUGAACGAGAACAAGAGAAUUGGUCCAAUUCUACCAGAGAUGAAAUAAUAAGACCUGUACCAAAAAGAAUUAGCAACAUGAAUGACGAUUCUGUGAAUACGCAAGACUCAAACAGUUCGUUAGAACUCAGAUCAAAUCUAUUUCCACCACCACCACCUAUGAUGCUACCCCCUGAUAGGCCACUGCCACCUUUACCUCCAUUACCACCCUUUUUACGACCAUUUGAUCCACCACCUCCAUUUGAGUCAUUACCUCCAUUUCAACCUCAACCUUGGAAUAUGCCACCUCCUGAUGCUGUCUCAAAUUCGGACUUUAGAAUGACUCCUUCAGAUUAUGGUAGAGGUCGUGAAUCCACGCCGCCGAGAGGACGAAAUUCUGCUGUUGUGGAUGGAGACUUAGGACCGAGGCAAUCUAGUCCUAUUACAGAUUUGAAGAACUCUAGAAAUUCAACUCCACCACAUUUGUUACCCGAUUUUCACGAUAUUCCUCCUCACCCAUCUAGACCUUUCUAUCCUCCUCCAAUGGGGCCACGCACAAGAUAUCCUAUGCCCCCUAGAUUUCCACCAACAAAUUUUAGAAGAGAAUAUCCUGGUCAAAGAAGGAUAGAUAAUCAAGAAGAAAAUAGUUCAACCUAUGGAUCGCAAAAUGCACCCGUGCCUCCAGAUGAUUGGCAUAAUUCAAACACUAGAGUUUAAUAUGAAGCGAAAUCUGUGAUUUAGUAUUUAUUUAAGAUGUAAAUAAAAUUAGAUAUGAAUUUUAAGAAGCAGGACAUUUUAAAUUAAGAUUAUUUGAAUCAAUGGUCAUAUGUCAAUCUAGAAGAUUAGUUUCCUGCUUUAAAGUUUUUGAAAAAAAGAAUUAAGUUUGCAUCUUGGGAUUGUAUGUACUUAAUUAUUUUAAUAACUGUUUUGGUGAAGUUUUGAAUUAAAUGAGACAAUUUGAUAUGAAUUUUAUGUUUUGAAAAACAUAUAUAUUGUAUAAUACUGAACUUGUCGUGUUAAUGUUGUAUUCAUGAAGAAAAAGAAUAAUUGGAAUAGUAUUUAAUAGUUCUUUUCCUUCAUAUUAUUUUAUAAUCAGUGAUUAUGUAUUGUAUAUAUAGAAGAUUGCAAAAUCGAAACUGAUGUUACUUUGAUUUGAAAUAAAUCUUUUUCAAUUCC